GCCAAUCCCCUGGCAGCGCGUUCGGCCCUGAAAGCUUCCGCAAGCAGCGCUGCGCCGCGCCGUGCUAGAGCUGACCACUGGCAUUCGGCCUGAGGAGACGCCGCCGCCGCGGAGCAGGUCCUACUCCGAGCUGGCCGCCGGGAGUUGGGCGGCGGAGCAAACAUGAAUGUUGGAGUUGCUCACAGUGAAGUGAAUCCAAAUACCCGUGUAAUGAACAGCCGGGGUAUGUGGCUGACAUAUGCAUUGGGAGUUGGCUUGCUUCAUAUCGUCUUACUCAGUAUUCCCUUCUUCAGUGUUCCUGUUGCUUGGACCUUAACAAAUGUUAUACAUAAUCUGGGGAUGUAUGUAUUUUUGCAUGCAGUAAAAGGAACACCUUUUGAAACUCCUGACCAGGGUAAAGCAAGGCUCCUAACUCAUUGGGAACAACUGGACUAUGGAGUACAGUUUACAUCUUCACGGAAGUUUUUCACAAUUUCUCCAAUAAUUCUGUAUUUUCUGGCAAGUUUCUAUACAAAGUAUGAUCCAACUCACUUCAUCCUAAACACAGCUUCUCUCCUGAGUGUGCUAAUUCCCAAAAUGCCACAGCUACAUGGUGUUCGGAUCUUUGGAAUUAAUAAGUAUUGAAAUGUUUUGAAACUGAACAAGAAUUUUUACAUGUACUGAGUUUUCUGUAAGGAAGGAGUGGUUAGUAAGCUGCACUGUUUCUGUGAUAGCGUAAAAUGAAGGGUAUUUACAUUGGAGGACCAACUGCUGGUUCUUCGUAUGCAAUUCUGAAGUGCAGAUUUUUACUAGAAGAUGCCUCUGUUUAAUGCAUCUGGUAUCUUUCUAAAGGGAGGUUUUAUAGGCAGGCUGGGCAGGCCCAGCUUACAAGUUAAAUGGCUAUAGAGUGAAGGUGUAGUAGAAAAAUCCAAGGAAAUAAGAGAUUUAUAAGAAACUAAGUCCAGCUUAGCUUACAGUGAAUGGGCAUUAUGUUAGGAGAAGAAAAUUUCCAAUCAUUCAGUUACGGUCAGUUUAAGCAGACUUACAUGUAAACUGGAAUCAUCUCUUUAAAGUUUAUUAUAGAUUGUUUUUAUUAUCAUACAUAUUCUUUUGUAUUAUAUAAGAGGAUAUAUACACUCUUGUUUUAUACAAACCAAUUCCUACCUUAUAAGUGUACUUUUUUGGUUUGUGAGCUCAACAUUGUUGAUGAGUUCAUUUUUACAUUUAUUAAGUUACUGUGUUCAUGAAGGUCCACCUUCAUGACUGAUGAUAGAAGGUAGUCAGGCAUCUUAGAAGCAGCCUUUCAGUAAGCCUUCUAAUUUUGGAACAAAGUGGGUUUUGCUACCUUUCAAGGCCCAAAGCUGCUAAACCAAUUAAGAAAAUAAUUUAUUUCUCAUAGUUAAAAUAUAUGGUCAUUUAAGGGUCUCUACUUAUUUGGUUGAGCAAUCCAAUUGUUGAAGUCUGCCAUUCUUCAGAAAAGGAAAUAUAAAAUGGACAACUCCAUAGCCAACCUGUGGUCUGGCAGAAACUGCUUCUCUAGUAAUAACAUCAAAGUAAAUAAUGAGUCUUUUUCAGCAGAUCUACAGUAAAAGAUAACAUCAUCUUUCUUGGUCCUCCUGCUCUCAGUCCCCAUAUUUUGCCCAUUAAUAUUUUUCCUGUCAGUAUAUGAGUCUUAAUGUAGAUAACCCAAAACAGUAACUCUUUCCAAAGCAGCACCUAUAUUGAAUUGUGACUUAGAGAAGCCUCCUAUAGUUGCUGACGUUAAUUGCAAGAAGUAAUUAUAUACUACUUUGAGAAGUAAACAUGUCAAAAAAAAAAGUUCUGAUAAGGGAUGAAACUGAAAAACUCCAGUAACAUUUGUAAGCAAAAUUGAGUGAAAAAAAAUUGUAAAACCAAUUUAAAAAAUUAGUUUGUUUCAAGCUGACUUUUCAAGGUAAUGAUCAUUGUUUUGUAUUUCAAAAGUACUGAGUUUAGAAAUCAGUUGUAUGAUAAUGCCUUUGUAUGUUUGUCUUUUCUCAUGUAUUUUUAAAUAACCAGUAAUCUAUGCUUUAAUAAAAUUUUUCUUUGGUGUAAGAUUAUUGCAGAAGCUGUCCAAAUUCAGUCAUUAAAGUUACUCUUAAAUUUCUCAAGUUUUUUUUUUAAGCAACUGAAUUUAUAAAAUUAAGAUGGCUAAAAAAUCCUUUGUUUUUCUUCAUUUUAAAGUUUGUCUCAAAAGGCUUAACAUUUUUGGUACAAACUUCAGAGAUAGAAAUCUGCCUCUAAUACAGGCCUUCAUCUGUUUUUGCCCUUCAAUGUUUUAAAAAUAUUUAUUUAAUAGAUAUUUGAGGGCCCACUCUGUUGUAGGAAUUGUUUUAGGUAUUGUGGAUAUAGUUUGUAAGCAAGACAAAGUCCUUUGCCUUAUGUGUGUACAUUCAAGUUGAAUAACAGAUAAUAAAUGAGUAAAUAAGUGCGUAUUA